UUGAUUUUUGCGUGUCGUUUUCUCAAUAUCUUGAUAUUCACCUCGACGGUGUUUUGUGCGUUCGGCGUUCGCCGAUUGGUCUCUCGCGGCGAGCUCGGUUGGAUUUUGCCAUCUUUCGCCGCGCUCGGCGUCGUCGACACAGUUUCGCGAUUAACGCGUUUGCGCGUGACGGAGAAAUACGAGCGAGCAGUUUAUGAUACUUUAUUGCUGGCAUCAAACCGUUCACUGUGCGCGGAACGAAUUGCGCAUGAAUGGCGACUGUUUGCGCAAAGCGAGGCUGCUUUGGCAGUUUCUGGAUCGAGACAGAACUACGUGGAUGCGGUCGCUUACGCGGUGUUGAUUACCGCUUGCUUCGCACAUUCCGCGUAUGUACGAUACAUCGACGAAGCAGAUGCAUUUUCAGCGCUGAUUUUGACUCGAGCAUGCGUUCGAGCGCUCGUGAGCGCUCGGCGAGCGAAAAUUGACUCGGCACGACGCGUCGAAUUUGUAGCUCUCGUGACCGACAACGAACGGAGCUCUCACAGAGGGCCCUCUGUGUCAACAUCGGCGCUCGUUGAAAACGGCGGAGAGCUCGUCGCCAUCGUCGGCGAUGGACGAUACGACUUAUUUAAUCGACUUAUUCGAGGCGUCGAACAUGCGGACGAAGUUGACGUACUGCUUUCGCCGAGCAAGGAAUGGCGCGUGCCCGAACCCGUCGAUAGGCGUGUCAACGCGCUGGUGUUGGGAUCUGCUUCAUCACGCGUAGAUGCUCUGAAACGAUCGCGCCUGAUAGAGUCGUUAGAAGCGGCGUUAUGCUCAUCAGAUCGCUACCUGGAAUGUGCGCUUCGCAAGCGACCAAAGGAAACCGCGGACGACGUCAUCGCGUGUAGCACGAGCGAUGGUGGUGCGUGUGAAAUCGGUUUGGAGCGUGCAAGGUGCGCGCACGCUCGUAUCAUGCUGGCACAAGACCCAUUCUAUGAAAUAUACGAUGAACGCGCGCGAUUGCGAGCAAUGAAUCGCCUAACAAACCGGCGUCGGUCCUGCGUGUUCACCACGACUGAUAUCGCCGUACUUCCUUUGUGCCAUCGUAUCGUCAUCACCGAAGGCAACAGCGUCGUGUUCAUCGGUAAAUGGAGCUCUAUGCUGGAGGGUUGCGACGCGCACACAAUUCAUCGAGCGCUGUCGUCGUCGUCGUCGCGGCGACAGACUGCGCCGAUUGACAAGUCAAGGGUUAUUCAUCCGUCGCCGCGAGAAUUUCUCGCUGCCCCAACGAAGAACGUUGCCGCGUCCAUGAAAGGUUGGAACUUUCAAUCAGUUUCGUUGAUCGUCAGUAUCUUUGCAUGCGUCGGUAUCACUCCAGCUAUAUCACUGCACGCUUUUGAAAGAUGGCUCGACGGCAAGCGACGAAUGUGGAAUCCUUCCAACGCGCUCUUAUACGCUGCCAUCGGAACGUUUGUGGCAUCCAUUGCGAUGCAACGCAUUGUCGCGCAUUCGCUGCAGUAUUCGAGGACCGCACACGCGUUCGCGCGAGUAAUCUACGUCGCACUUGCCGCGGGCUUCACGAUGACGAGCGCGGCGGACGCGGCGGUGGCUUUCGCCUUUACCGUCUUCAUCGCAUGGAGCGUUGAUUUCAAUCGCCUCGCCUCGCGUCUCAAUCGCCAAUGCGAAAACGAUCACGUGCGACUGGCACAUUUCGUCGCGCGCGUAUCACAAGGUGCGCGGCAAAUACGCGUGUCAAGGUGUCAAUAUCUAUACUGGGAUACUUUCAAAAACUUACUCGCGGCGCUUUGCGCGGACAAUCGCCGCCGCCGAAAAAUUCGCGGUGUACAGCACGCGUGGAGUUCCCUGUGCGCCGUCGUCGGCAUCGCGGUCGGAUUAUCAGCGCUCGACCAAAGCGAAACAUCAAGACGAGGCGCUCUUGCAUUCAUUGGUCUUCAGGCUGUGGAGGUCUUCAUAGACCUCACAAAUCGCGACUCGCUUUUUGACGCGCGCCGAACGCACACCGUCGAAACGCAAACGGGCGACUCAAGACCGUGGCUCAGACGAACGCGCUCGUCGUCGUGA